GCUGUCAAGUUGGAUGCAUUUGUUUUUUUAUUCGCGUUCUAUUUUUGUGUGUGACGGUUCCGUCCGGCGAAGAAUUGUCUUAUUUUCCAAAUAAUUUUCAUGAUUUUUGUUUAGAUCGUUGGAUUAUUUGUAAAAUAUCUUCAGUUUGAGAACAAAUUCCAAUAUGCAGAACGGAGACGGUGCGCCGACGGCCGCGGAAACCACCAAAAAGCCCGUGCCAGAAGAGGUGACGAAGCAAUCGUUCCGCGUCAAAGUAUGGAGACACCUGGAGACGAAUGGCUUGGCGAUGUUCCCUCGUCCAGUAUACAAUCGAAUUCCGAACUUCAAAGGUGCCUUCGAGGCAGCCGCUAAACUCGCCGAGCUAGAUGUGUUCAAAAACGCGAACACUAUCAAAGUGAAUCCAGACAAACCACAGGAGCCUGUGAGAGUAAUAUGCCUAGAGCAAGAGAAGACCUUAUAUGUUCCGGUACCACGCCUGCAAACUGGAUUCCUCAAUCGUUUGGAACUGCCAGAGGGGCAGACAGGUCCGGCUGCCAUAAGGCAAGCUGUCUCACGGAAUGGCAUGGAGACAUAUGGAAAACCUAUUGGAAUAGAAGAUUCCGUUUCACUAGAUCUGGUCGUUAUGGGAUCUGUGGCAGUGUCCAAAGAAGGGUAUCGCAUUGGCAAAGGAAGAGGUUAUGGCGAUCUGGAAUUCGGCCUAAUGAUGCACAUGAAAGCGAUAAAGCCUAAUACAGUUGUAGUGACCACUGUUCAUGAUUGUCAGGUGUUCGAUACAUUACCAGCUGAGUUGUUUGGUCCUCAUGAUGUACCAAUCGAUAUAAUUGUCACACCAACACAGGUGAUAGAAACGCAACGUAUGAGUCAGCGACCAGUUGGUAUCCUAUGGCACCUGCUCUCCAACCGCCGUCUCCAGAUGAUGCCAGUGCUCGCACAAUUACGAGAUAUUGAGAUGCUCGCGGGCCGCGCAUGCGCGCUGAAGGAGGUGGACACGGACGUGGAGGAACGAGCACCCGCGCGCCCGCGUCGUCCGCGUCGACGCACGCGCAGUCACAAGAGCCACAGCGAGGGGGAGGGCAAUACAACAGAAGGCGAGGAGGUGAAAAGUGGUAAACAGCGACGACCGGCGCGCCGUCGUAAUAGUAAUAAAUCGGCGGGCAAAGACGGCAAAGAGGGGAAGGACGGCGACACACGUCCAAGACGUCCAAAGCGGCCGCGUCCCGUCAUUGACUUCACUGUUAAGAUAUCAAACAUUAGCCCAAACACAAGAGUGCGCGAUCUAAAGCAAGCGUUAUCGGAACGCGGUGUCAAGCCACAGGUUAUGGUGUGGAAGGGCUUCCGAGGAUUUUGUUAUUUGCAUUUCUUCAAAGCAGGACCACAAAAGGGCGAAGGCGAUAAUGCGCCAGCAACGAACAUGGAAAGCGUGUUGGCUGCGCUCGCGCAGAUGUCGCUGGGCGGCAGCGGGGACGGGUCCGCGGCUGACGCGGACGACAAGCCGCGCAUGCUGUGCGUGGAGCCCGCGCCGCCGCGCGCGCCGCCCGCCGCCGCCCACCCCGCCGACGCCGCCGACUCGGCCGACACCGCGCCUACACCAAUAGCGCCGCCUGCCGCUGAGGGCAUUGUGCAUUGACUCCCGGGAGCAGCAGCGACCGACACCAUUCGAAGUAUCGAUAACGAUUUAUUAUUUCUAAAACACGCAUAACCGUUGUUCGCUUGGUUGCACACGGAGACGGCACGCCCGUCGCAUUCCGAUACUAAUUGUUUAGAGUUAAGAUUGAUUUUCCUUUGCGCCGGUCCACAAGUUACUGUUUAUUGAGUAUACGAAUGGCUCAUACGUAUUUGCCGCAAAAACAUUCAACACUAUGAAUCACAGAAGCAUUAGUGCAAUGAAAUGAAUUGCUCCAAUACGUAAAAGUUAUACGUGUUGUUUAAUCGAAAGGAAGCGAUUGUUCGAUUUUAGUUUGCGCUCGAACGUCAGUUCGCUGGCUGGUUUUUUGUUCUUAUCAGUUGUGCUGGACCGGCCUCGUGUUAGAGAGAGAGUGAGCUAUAUUUAUAGAAGAACACUUAACGAAAUAUAUCUUUAUCGAUGUUUUAAUUUUUCUCUAGUCUAAACUUAGUAUACUGCAUAAGAAGUUUUAUUUACAACUCGUUUAUUUUCAAUGCAGGCAUACGUUUUAAGCAUUCUUCCAUAAUUAUUACGAGAAAAGAAGCUAUAUUUUAGUAUAUAGUAUAGAGAUAUUAAAAAGUAAUAUAUUUUUUAAUAUACUUUUAAGGUGCUUUCAGGAGCGGGAUCCCAAACCAAAUUAGAGAUUAGUUUGGAAGGAUUUGAUUAGUGUUAAGGGUAUUUAUUUUAAAAUAUGAGGUCUGUGACCCCGUUCUUCUCUUGUUAUGUAUUUGUGCCAACUUCAAGUACAUGAUGCAAUAAAAUGAUCUGAAAUUCACAGUUCUCAUUAACUUGUAGUAGUCCUUUUGAUGGAAUAUACUAAUUUUAACAUAUCGAAUCUAUGUAAGUUGGUAUAAAUAUUUAAGCUGGCUAGUUCCAAUUUGUUCUAUAAACAUGAUGUCAUUGACUAAAAGGAUACAUUUUUUUUUUAAAUAGAACCUACAUACUAAAAUUGAAACGCGAAUUGUCUCAAUAAUGACGUUACGUCACAUUCGAAAAUUGACCUAAUAAUUAUUAAUUCCAACAUAAAUAGUAUUAAGACGAUCACUGUUUUAUAUAAUAUCAUAUAAUAAUAUCAAAAAUCAACAGUUAGCUAUAUAGUUGUACCAAAUAUUUAAACCGAAGACGAAAAAAUGACAAAAUUGCCACAUAAAUAAAAUCCUUUUGUCAGGUGAUGUCAUGUUCUGCAGAAUAAAGGCGAAUUAUCCCUUAUACCCUUGAUGUCAACGUUACUUUUUCAGUAUUAGGUAAAUACUUUAAGACUUAAAAAGUAAUAUAUAUGACAUAUUAAGUUAAAACUAUUUAUCUACUAGAUUGUGCGGGCGCGUAGCUCGCAUUUAUUGGUCUCUUAGUAUAUAAAAAAGAUGUGUAUUUUAUAUAGAAAGGAACUAUUUAUAUUAAUGUAUUUUUCGAAAUUUUUAGUUUUGGCAGCAUAAUAUCGCUAUACAUUUAUGAUAAGCAUUUUCUAAUAUUAUCUAGUAGUUACGUCGCACAAAUUAUUGUGCCCCAAUAUUGUUGUCUCACUCUGCAAUUCUAAGCUAUAUAUAAAGAAAUAUAUAUACAUUUAUGUAUAUAAACUUGUUAAUUACUACUACUAUUUGCUAGCUCAUUUUGUAAUCUAACGUUGGGGUAGCAAGCAUGAUGAAACUUUUUUGUUUUGUAUUUUUUUUAAUAAAUUUUUUAAAGAUG